AUGGAUGCGGUACCAAAGAAGAAUAUCGUCAUCGUUGGCGGCGGCAUCAUUGGAUGCACCACAGCCUACUUUCUGACUCGCCAUCCCAAGUUUAACCCCGCCCUGCACACCAUCACCUUGCUUGAAGCCACGGCUAUUGCUGCUGGCGCAUCCGGUAAGGCUGGCGGUUUAUUGGCUUUAUGGGCAUACCCUGGUUGUCUUGUACGCCGAUCGUACGAGUUGCACCGGAAACUCGCCGCCGAUCACAAUGGCGCCGAACGUUGGGGGUACCGCCGCGUGGGAUGCGGAAGUCUGGAGGCAAUAGUCAAGACCACCGACAUUAAACCAAGGGCGUACGAACCAAAACCGCCUCUGAAAGGGGGGGAAAAUGGGGUGAAUGACGAACUUCCCAUCCAAAGCGUUGCCACGGAUCAAGAAGAAGACAGGGACUGGGAGAAACUCCCCAAGCAAGACGAAAAAGCCGCGGACCUGCUCAAGGAAUCUCCGUUACCAUCAGACCUAGAUUGGAUAGAUGGCAGUCUAGUUCAAUACUACCAAGAGAUGGGCCGACCCGGGUGCACAGAAACCGCCCAGGUACACCCCUUCCAUUUCACCACCGCCCUUGCGGAGCUCGCGCGAGAGAAGGGUGUCGACAUUCGGUUGCGCGCCAAAGUAACCAAGAUCAACGACGAUAAGUCCGAUGGUGUGCAGAGCGUCGAGUACGAGGACCGGGAAACAGGGGAGACACGCACCAUCGACAAUGUCACGGACGUGGUCGUGGCGGCAGGGCCUUGGACGGGCAAAAUCCUCCCGCGAACCCGAGUCGAGGGUUUGCGCGCCCACAGCGUCGUGUUUGAAGCUGACGUCUCCCCUUACGCCGUCUUUACCGACAUUCAGCUGCCCCCAGACUAUGUGCCCGACCACCGGGCCGCCAAGAACCAGAAGCGUAGACACAGGGGCCAUGUCGACCCGGAGAUCUACGCGCGCCCCAACAAGGAAGUCUACGCAUGUGGCGAACCCGACUCGUCAAUACCCCUCCCGCCCACGGCCGAUCUCGUCCAGACGGACCUCGCGCAGUGCGACGACCUGAUAGCCUACAUUGGCACAAUCUCGCCCGCGCUGGCGUCUGCUCCGGUUAAGGCGCGACAAGCCUGCUACUUGCCGCGGCACAUGCGUUUCGGGGAGGAGCGGGGGCCCCUGAUCGGCCAGACGUCUGUCAAAGGACUGUGGGUUGCUGCGGGGCACACCUGCUGGGGCAUCCAAAACGGCCCCGCGACGGGGGACUUGAUGGCCGGUAUGAUCUUUGGGGAUGUGAGUGACGAUUGGGGGCCCGACCUGAAAGAUUUGGAGAAGUUGGAUCCGAGGAGGUUUAAGGUCUAG